AUGUCGCCUCAUCCUCUCUGCUCUUCUCUUCUCUUCUCUUCUCUUCUCUUUCUUUCUUUCUUUCUUUCUUUCUUUCUUUCUUUCUUUCUUUCUUUCUUUCUUUCUUUCUUUCUUUCUCUAAAGUUUUCAUUUUUAAAAAAUUCUAUCUAUCUAUCUAUCUAUCUAUCUAUCUAUCUAUCUAUCUAUCUCUUGUCACUCCAAUUGUCCACAUGUAUAUCUAUGCAGCAAACACACCUGUGUAUUUUUUACACCUCAAAUAUACAAAAUAUGCCUAAGAAGGAACAAACUCCAAAUGCCCAAAUAAAGAAAAACGAUAGUCCCUGCCCAAGGCUUCAAUUGUAUGUCACCUGUCGACCAUUUUAUUAUCAAUAUAAUUAUUAUUAUUUUUAUUGUUUUUUAUCUCUCGAAUUUCGUUCAUCGGCCUACUAUAUCUAUCUAUCUAUCUAUCUAUCUAUCUAUCUAUCUAUCUAUCUAUAA